AUGGCAUCACUUCUCGCUCAGUCACAGCUCUCAAAGCCUCUUAGUCUCAACGCGCCAGGUGUGGUGGUUGAUGGUCCAAAUUCCAUUCCCAUUCCCAUGCAGAGCCCUCCGCCGCAACAGCCUUUUCCAGACUACUCUCUCGGCUAUGACCCAAGCAUCGGUGUCAAGUUCGUCACCCAGGAAAUCCCAGCACAACCCACAAACGGCCAGCAUUCAUCUCAUCCGUUCCACAUGCUCUCAGGGACUAACUUGCAUCCAGUGCUAUUCCAACUGGACCCAUAUCCGAGCACAUAUAGCAGCGUCGGAACUCCUCUGCUUGUGAACCAAGCUACCAAUCAAGUCGAACAGGGCAAUAAAGGAAGAAACCUGAGGUACUUCAGCCACUUGCCAAGAUGGAUAUCACACAACGUGUCUGGGAUGUUUAUGGAGUUGUGGCUUCGUCUCGACUCGCGAGUUGACAUGGGCGAUAUCUUGGCUCGUAUCUACGUGCCCCCUGGGACGACGAUGCCACAAAUCAAUACAUUCAACAUGCGGCGCAUGCGAUUUAGAGAAUGUAUCCUGACUCCGCCAUUCAUGUCGGGCCGCCAGCACCCCUCUGCGAUGGAAGUCGACCUGAUAUCCAAGAGGACGCGUGAGCAAUUGUUGCUCAACACAAGCAUGACUGUCGACCUUCCGAACAAUCGCCUUCUGAAGCCGGUUCUGGUCAACGACAGAUCCAUCAUUGGAUACGUCGACAGCGGGCUCCCGAUUGAUUACUUCCUGCGCGGGUUCCCCACACCCGUCCCUGUUCCAUCUGACCAACAGAUGCUGGUCCUCGAGCUCCGCAAGCGGAUGCAGACUGUGGCGCUCAGACGCGGGCUCGGCAAUGGUCCAGACGACUAUCGCUUGGUACCCACAGACUUGCAUCCGGCCUGGUGGCACAAAAACGCGGCGAGGGAUGUGAUCAUCUCGGAUGUCGACAACAAAACGCACGCCAAAUGGAUCGCAGAGAAGUUGGAGGAAUACCCCGGGGUGACAAGGUCUGGUGCCCAACGCACCAGAGGCCCUGUGAACACAACCACAAGCGUCCUUCUUCCUCCGACACAGUCCACAGACCCUUCGUCGGUAACCGUCAGCGAUUCAGCCCAGCCUGCACCCAUGUCGCCCACGGAUCCCCGUCUGACGGGCGUUGGGGCCGCUGCGUUGGGAAUGGCGGCCGUGUCGGCGCAGUCUCUCACCAACUCCGAUGGUGGCACCUCCUACUACGUGGAGGAUGCCCAUCAGCGCGGAUAUGAGGAUGAUGCCCGCUCUUAA